AUGGGAAUUUCUCAGGUAGACAUUGCUGAGACUCCAGACGGGAACGCUGAUUCACCACAAUUCGAUACAUUCGGCAAGAUGCUCUUUGCGAAACCUUUCCAGAGGAGGAUGCCAUUCUCCGACUUCUUACCGUCACUUGUCCAACAAUCGCUCAAAGGCUUUCAAGAUGACCCAAUACAGAAUGAUAAUUUGCGAGACGAGUACUUGCCCCUGCUUGGAGACGUCAAACCAAGCAUCGAGUGGGUGGACAAAGCGUUCGAGGGCGAAGACAAUCUCGAUGCUGUCAAUGUCUGGAUAGGCACUUCCCAGAGCGUGACCGCCUUGCAUCGAGACACAUACGAGAAUAUUUAUUGUCAGAUCGUCGGAUCGAAGCAUUUCGUAUUGCUACCACCAAUUGCAACUCCUUGUGUCAACGAACAAUUUUUGAAACCAGCCACAUAUGACAAGAAUAUGAAUCUUGUGCGUGACGAUGACGUGUCGGAAGGUUCACCUUCAGAGAGGGAAGUGCCUUGCGCCCUUUGGGAUCCUGAUGAUCCCGCGAAGAAUGCUACAGCCGCGACUAGGUAUUGUGAGCCGUUGAGAGUGACCCUUGAGCCGGGCGAUAUGAUGUAUCUACCGACGUGCUGGUAG